GUUGGUGGGACGUGUUUUGGGAGAUAAAAAUUGUCUCUUAGCCGUCUGUAAAGCUGAAAAGUUGGAGAAAAACGGACAAGCAGCUCUUCAAAGCGCGCCAAAAUGGCGCCACUAUCACUAGAAGGAGAUACGCUGGGAUCAAAACAUCGCAAUCAUAAUAAACUUUUGGAAAAAGCAAUUGCAGAUGGAGUUAAACCGGAAAAACUUAAUCCGGAAGAUAGUGACUUAGAGAACUUGCUUAAAAUUGAUAUAGCUAGUAGGCAAAUGAAUGUAGAAUACAUACUUGAAGUGCUGAAAAGCGAAGACAUGCUGUAUGUAUCUCGAGCGAUCAAGCAAAGCUUGUGGCUUGUGACUGAACAGCAGUUUGCAGACAUAAUUAAUCCAGACUAUCUGCACACGCAACUGUUUCCGCAGAUGACUACCAAAGCAAGUCACAAACUGAUGCUGCACAUUAGACUCAAUCUUAAAAACGCAGCUAGAAUCGAUGAAUUCUACAAAUAUUACAAGAAAACAGAUCUAAAAAAAGCUCAAAAAUGGUUGUCGCAGUGCUCACCAGCCUUAAUUGAAGAAGAGCUUAAGGCACGCACUCACGAUAUUGGAAAUCACCAAUUCAAAAGACUUAGUGAAAGGGGUUUUACUGUGUUCAAACAAGCUUUGGAUGCUAUCUCAUACUGGAAAAAGGACAAAAUAGAACGCGCUAUGUUUUUAUUAAAAACGGAUACAGAAUUGUUUUUAAAUACGGUAGAAAAUUUAGAAAUACAUCAAAUGCCUAAAUUUGGGCCUAAGGCGACACAAAUAAUUAUGGCGAAAUGUCCUCAAAAAAUUCAAGAUAAAUUCGAAAUAUACGCACACAAUAUUCACUUGCCAACUUUUGUGAAACAUAUGAAGAAAGAGCAAAUUAAAGGUUUUAUGUUAAAGCAUAUGGAAAAUGACAAAUUACGAUAUUGGUUUAAUUAUGACAACGUCAAAAUUUUCAUCAAACAUAUGCCAAACGAAGGAAAAUUUGAAUUCGUCAAGGAAUUCUUCAUAGAAAGGCCAUUCAAAGAUCCACCUAUUGCUAUUCCUUAUCAUAAAGCAAGUGUUUUUGACAACAGUAACUGCAGCAGUAACAUUUAUAGAUGGUAUCGUUUUGCUCCAUUCGAUGUAGCAUUUUCGGAAAUUAAAAAACUCAUUCGAAUCGAAUCUUCACCCGAUGAGAGGAACUCCAUGUUUUCCGUAGUUUUGUUUUGUGCUAAACGAAAUCCACAGCACGUGCAUGAACUACUGCAGUACUAUCAUGAUAAACACAUGAACGAACCAUUCAAGUUCAAGCUCACAUUUGUAAAUAAAAUUCUUUCAAUGACCGACACUCACAAUUACGAUAAAAAAACAUGGACACUGUUGAAUACUAUUUUUUACAGCAUGGAAGUUUACAGUGAAAAUAGUGAUAACUUUGUCCAGCCAUACAUUGAAGCCAUAAUUGCUUAUAAUAUUCUCCACGGCGAAGAAGUUCCGGAAAUAGUUGCAAAGAAAUUCAGUUUCAAUUCGAUGAAUAAAUUGCAAAGUAAAUUGAAGGUAGAAGAAAAACCAAAGAUUUUCAACUAUUUAUACAACAUCCAAAUGACAAAAUUAAGAAACAAAACUGUGGCGAAUGAGACCCACUUCAGUGAAGCCCGUGAACUGAUUGAAAAUAUAAUGUAUGUCUUAAUAGAUUGGAAGCGAGACCUCGUAGAAUUCCCAGAAAUACUAGAUAAAAUUAGGGAGUUAAUUAAAAUCAAGCAAGAAAAUGAUUGGAAAAUUUCGUUGUCAUCGUUAUAUACUAAAAACAACAAGUGGCGCAAAGCAAUGUUUGAAGAAUCUCUUGCGCUGUAUACAUGUGAACAAUCCCUAAUCAAUGCUAUCAAACAUGACCCAAAGCUGCUACUUCGCAACAAAGCUGAGGUUGACUCAGUACGGUACAAUGAUAACGCGACUCUAACACAUCUACUCCGCAAGCUGCGAAUAUAUUUCCCGCAAUCCGUAACUAGCGAGUGGACAACUGAUUAUCUUGCAAAACUUAACGAAACAAAUGGCCACAAAGCCUUGACACGAGCUAUAUGUACUCUGUUGCCCCAGAAGCCUUUAACGGAAAUACUACAGAAAUAUGCUCCUACCGAAACUAAAAUAAAUUGGAGCGAAGACGAUGAACUUCUUCUAAGUUUGCGUAAAUAUUUUGCCAAAUACAUGCACCUAGCCAGACCACUCGUGUCUCCAAACAUAGUAUUAUGCUAUGCACGAGGCGAUUAUUUACAAUUUGCUCUACCCUCUUUAACUGCAGUCGCGUACAACAUAAGUUCCCAACGCAGCCGCGAAAUGCUCUCAAAGUUGUUAGAAUCACCUGUAUCCGUACAGAAGCAUGGUCUCACUCUAGCUUUUAACAAACUGCAACCUAGAGAAAUUAAACAAGUGUUUGCUGAUCUAUGGAAAAGAAAUAAUAACGCAAGUAUACGUUCUGCACUAUUCAAGCGCACUUUUGAACUUUUAUGUAAACAAAAAGAUGAUAAAGAAGCAGAAAACAUUUGGGAUCUACUUAGCACGUUUAUUGACAAUCUCUCGUCUGAGGAAGACAAGACUAUAUACCUUAUCUUGAGUAAUAAUAAACGCUCAGUAGAUUUGGUGCCGUUUUGUGUUAGAGGAAAAUUCUGUAUGAAGAGCUACAAAUGUUUGAGUUCUUUACCACCCAAAGCUGAUUACGUGGGUCUUGUAGAUAGUAUAAAAUCCUAUUUCAAAAAAGUUAUGGAAUAUUUGGAUUACGAUUUCAUUACUGAUGUGGUACAGAAGGAUCUCGAAAAUUUUACAAAAACAUUAUAUGCUGGUGACAUUCUGUCAUCGUAUAUGCUCUGUGUGAAAGAUGAAGAAGCACAGACACUAAGAUAUAACAAAGUUUUUCUUCCGUUGUUAGAACGUUGUUUGCCACUUUGGGAAGAACCGGACAAAGAUGGCUGCUGUAUUGUCAAAAUAAACAUGACCAAUGUGUUAGAGGAACUUCGUAAAGGACUUUUCGUUUAUGUUUUUAUGGAAAAAAUGGUACUUCCCAUUAAAUUGUUUGCCGAUAUAGCGAACAAACUUGAAGAAAAAUUGCCGACUAAAACUACUUACGUUCUGUUACGUACUUGGAAAUUGACAGCUACCUUGAUGAAACUCCUGGAUAGUCACAAAGACAUAUUAGAUGCUAUCGAGGUAAAUAAAACACAACGAGACCAUUACUACAUGGCUGACAAUGACAGUCAAUGGAAUCCGUUCUUCUUGAACGUGACUAAGGAUUUUGCCCAAGCUUGCAUAAAUUAUUUAAAAGCGGACCUUGAAGAAUAUUUUCCUUCCAUCAACUUACUAUUCGGCAACGCAUUAUUAGGUAUUGGUUCAAAUGUGCAUGGUAUGGUUUACUUUGACAUUUUAAACAAUAUACUUGACAAUUGUGAUAAAUGUCCAAAAUGCUUCCUAAUGGUUUUGAAAAGUUUUCCUUCAUAUUGGGGUUGCGAAGCUAACGACAUAGUCAAGCAAAUUCGCGAUAAAAUAGAAUCCCACCCGUCACUGGAAGUGAAAAUGCAUUUUUAUAGAGAGAAAGUUGCACAAAAUUUUUAGAACGUUAUUUUUAGAAUAUUAAGAAAUAUUUAUGUUGUACACAUCGGUUGAGUAUGA